AUGGCACAGAUCCAGAAAAAGCGCAAGUUACCCGAGGCACCUGAAAUCGAAAUUGACGUCUCUGCCCCUGAACCCCCAUCUAAAAAAGCUUUGCGUAAAGCUAAGAAAACCGCUGCUGGCCUUACAUCCGAGGCUACCCCGGAGAAUAAUAAGAGUGCAUCUGCAGAUGACCAGGCUCUCGCCAAUAAGCGUUCUGACUAUGGAGUUUGGAUCGGAAAUCUAGCGUUCACUGUGACCAAGGAUGAUAUUCGUCGGUUCUUAACAAGUAACUGCUCCUUCGCCGAUACUACCAUCACCCGAAUUCAUAUGCCAAAAGGAGCAGAAAAGUAUGGAAAAGCACAAAACAAAGGAUUUGCCUACGUUGAUUUCUCCACGUCUAAGGCCGCAAAGGAGGCAUUGGGCCUCAGUGAACAACUCGUAUCCGGACGACGUGUGCUGAUUAAGGACGCGAAGAGCUUCGAGGGAAGACCGGAAAAAUCUAAGGAAGAAAGCCAAAAGGCAGGCUCCGCAUCGUCCGGCCACCCUCCCUCAAGACGCAUAUUUGUCGGCAAUCUCGGCUUUGAUACUACGAAGGAGACCAUUGAAGAACACUUUGGACAAUGCGGAACUGUGACACAUGUACAUGUGGCAACUUUUCAGGAUUCUGGAAAAUGCAAGGGUUAUGCUUGGGUGGAGUUUGAGGAACUUCCGGCGGCUGAAGCAGCGGUGAAGGGCUUUAUAGUGGUCAACGAGGAUGAGGGCGAAGACGAUUCAGAGGAAGAGGCAGGGAAAUCGAAGAAAUCCAAAAAAUCGAAACAGAGGAGAGUGUGGGUAAAUCAGCUUCUUGGUCGGCGUAUGCGGAUGGAGUUUGCUGAAGAUGCUUCAACCCGAUAUAAGAAGCGUUUCGGAAAGGACGGAGAGUCCAAGAGAGAUACUUGUGCAGAGGCCAGUGAGGUUGAAGAUGGAUCUACCCAACAGAAAUCAGUUGGAAAACAACACACUCAACGGGUAAAUAAAAAGACCAAAAAGUCGGAGUAUUCAAGAUAUGAUGAGGGAACCGUGCAGAAGCUCAGUGGUGCUAUUGUUGAAUCUCAAGGAAAGAAAACCACAUUCGAUUAA